GGAAGUGCUUUUCUAGGGUUCGGGCCGUAGAGAGGCCUUGUAGGCACAGACGCUGAGGCUUGGUCGGCUCCGAGGAGGGGCUCCUGCCCGUGUGGGAGCCCGGGGUUUAGCGCCGGUCGACCCGCGCCCUGGCCCCUCUCACCUCCCGGGCCGACGAAAUGACCAUUAAGAAGUAGAUGCCCAGAUGCAAAAGUGAUGCAACAGUCAAUUUGUCAUAAAGUAAGAUGCAGCUGUGGCUUUUCAACCAGAUUAGGACAAAAUUGUAUCUGUUUUUCUCAGAAGAGAAUUCCACAAGGUUAAGUCAGCAAACAAAGAAAACAUGGGGUUUUGAAGUAUGAUUAAACUCCUGAUGCUGCAGCAGAGGCUAAGAAGAUUAAUGGCCAGAUCUAGUGCUCACAUGGUCUUCUGAAGAAGCCAUGGGUAGCUGUUGUAGCUGUCCAGAUAAAGACACUGUCCCAGAUAACCAUCGGAACAAGUUUAAGGUCAUUAAUGUGGAUGAUGAUGGAAAUGAGUUAGGUUCUGGCAUAAUGGAACUUACAGACACAGAACUGAUUUUAUACACUCGCAAACGUGACUCGGUAAAAUGGCACUACCUCUGCCUCCGACGCUAUGGUUAUGAUUCAAAUCUCUUUUCUUUUGAAAGUGGUCGAAGGUGUCAAACUGGACAAGGAAUCUUUGCCUUUAAGUGUGCUCGUGCAGAAGAAUUAUUUAAUAUGUUACAAGAGAUUAUGCAGAAUAAUAGUAUAAACGUAGUGGAGGAACCCGUGGUUGAAAGGAAUAACCAUCAGACAGAAUUGGAGGUCCCUAGGACACCUCGAACACCUACAACUCCAGGGUUUGCUGCUCAGAACUUACCCAAUGGAUAUCCCCGAUAUCCCUCGUUUGGAGAUGCUUCAUCCCACCCUUCCAGCAGACAUCCUUCCGUGGGAAGUGCCCGCCUGCCCUCAGUAGGUGAAGAAUCUACACAUCCUUUGCUGGUGGCUGAGGAACAAGUACAUACCUAUGUCAACACUACAGGUGUGCAAGAAGAACGGAAAAACCGCACAAGUGUGCAUGUCCCAUUGGAGGCGAGAGUUUCUAAUGCUGAAAGCAACACACCAAAAGAAGAGUCAAGUAAUAUUGAGGACAGGGACCCUCAGAUUCUUCUUGAACCUGAAGGAGUUAAAUUUGUCUUAGGACCAACACCAGUUCAGAAGCAAUUAAUGGAAAAAGAGAAACUGGAACAACUUGGAAGAGAUCAAAUCAGUGGAAGUGGUGCAAAUAACACAGAAUGGGACACUGGCUAUGACAGUGAUGAGCGGAGAGAUGUGCCCUCUGUUAACAAACUGGUGUAUGAAAAUCUAAAUGGCCUAUCUCUCCCCAGUGCCUCAGGGUUCAGGAGAGGUCGUCUGCCGUCCACCAGUACCUCAGAUACCCAGAAUAUCAACAACUCAGCUCAGAGAAGAACUGCAUUGUUAAACUACGAAAAUCUACCAUCUUUGCCUCCUGUUUGGGAAGCCCGCAAGCUAAGUAGGGAUGAAGAUGACAACUUAGGACCAAAGACCCCGUCUCUGAACGGCUACCAUAACAAUCUAGACCCGAUGCAUAACUAUGUCAACACAGAGAACGUAACAGUGCCGGCAAGUGCUCACAAACUAGAGUACUCAAGGCGUCGGGACUGUACGCCGACAGUCUUUAACUUUGAUAUCAGACGCCCAAGUUUAGAACACAGGCAGCUCAAUUACAUACAGGUUGACCUGGAAGGUGGCAGUGACUCUGACAACCCUCAAACUCCAAAAACGCCGACCACCCCCCUUCCACAGACCCCCACCAGGCGCACAGAGCUGUAUGCUGUGAUAGACAUCGAGAGGACUGCUGCUAUGUCCAGUCUGCAGAAAGCGCUGCCACGAGAUGAUGGCACAGCUCGGAAAACCAGACACAAUAGUACUGAUCUGCCCAUGUGAGCCCUGGAAAGCAUUUACAUUAUUUGCACCUUUGUGAAGUUUUUUUUUUUUAAAAAAUGAAGAUGCAAGUGCUUCAUUUUUAUUUCUAAACACUAACUCCUUUUAUAGACUGAUAGAAAAAAUUUUUUCUGAAUAUUUCAUGUGCUUCUUUAAAGGGAAUUAAUGUAGAGCAGGUACUCAUAAAAGAACACUAAUUUCAUUAUAUACUACUCAUUACUGUCCAGCAGCAUUCCCAUUUUCACAGUGCCUAUUUAAAAUGAGAGUUGAAGUGAGUGACGGGCUGGUCGAUUUUUAUCAAGAUUCUGAACUCAUGUAUAUCAUUCAUGUGUAAGUCCUGGUUGGCAUUUAAAACAGAGCCUCUUGAUAACGUGCGUUGCUAACAGGUAACUGUAGCUUUGAAAGUGCUAUUUGUAGCUUCACUGUUCAUGGUAUGUGGCCUCCAGCAUGUAACGUGAGGAAUCCUUUAUUUCAUUAAUUGUAGGCUUUUUGACUUGAGCCAAAACAUAUCUAAUGGAAAUAGAAGUACCACACCUCCUGUGUACCAGCCAGUUCCUUUGCCUUCAGCAUUUCUAGAAAGUUCUACGUUCGUGAACGUGGUGUCCCACUGGUGUGUUGAAAGGCAGGAAAGAGAUGAGAUUUUCUGUUUCAUCAUCUCAUGAUGUCAUUUGAAGGGCAUGCCCAAGUAUCUUAAUCAGAAUUAUAAAUAGGCUCAAGAAUCAGUCUCAGGUCACUUUAUCCAAAAACAUUUGAAAAAUCUGAACCAUGAUCUCUUCAAAGUUUCUGUCCUACAGAUUAUUUACAGUAACAUUGUUCUCUGGAGGCAUUUGUGCCAUUAGAUUACCAUUUACCUUCAGUUUUUCCUUUGGUGUUUGGGAUGUCUAACUUUGUUGCUUCAUGUCUUUUUCAAUUUAAAAUGUUUGAGUUUGUAUAUAGUUUUGAAAUUGGUAUGUGUUCAUUGUUGUUUAGUUUGCAUUUUUGUCCAAUUGUGGUUUUGAAGGUUCAUUUGGAACUUAACUGUUAUUCUAUAACAGGGUUGCCCUUGUCCAGUAUUUAUUUAUAUGCUGUUUACUUUUCAUGUUGAUAAAAGCAUUCUCUCAAUUUUAAAUUUCACUUGUGUCCAUAGGUGAUCUCUUAAGCAGCUGAGAAGAGAGAAAAAAAAAAAGGAAGUACUUUUAACAUGCAAAGUUCCCUGAAGGUACUGUGUUUUCUCUGUGGGCACUCUCCCAGCACUUUAGCAGUGGUUCCCCCAGUCACGUGGCUGCAGUUACACUUUGCCCACUGUACUGCUCCUCAGCUCUGCUGUCCUUUCACUCAAUGAUUUUGGAUUAUCCCUUGAUUUUAAUAGAGUGUUAAAAUUAUUGCCAGCAUAGCAGGUACAGUGGAAGUCUUACAGCAAUGAGAUUGUGUCAUAAUUUAGGAUUGAAAAUGAAGUUUAUAUAAACUGAUUAUAGAGUUCAUAUGUCUAGCUCUUGGAAAGUCAAGAAUUUUCCAGUGUCCCAAAUCCUGGAGAAACAAGAGAAGGUUGGAUAACCUUGCAAAAUAUGUCACCAUUUCCUCUAAAUAUGAGGAAGUUUCUGAGAUUAUGAUCUGGAUUUAUCAGAUGUAACUAAGGUUAAUUUAGCAUGAAAAAGUUUCAGUCAUAUAGCAGCCAACCUGUCCCAUAAAUGCCCUAAUUAUAGGACAGUGAGUGGAUUAGCAAAAUAAUAGGGUGGGACCAUUAUAAAGAAAAUAAACUACUAAAGGUGUCUUUAUCAUUUUCAGUGCCAUUGGUUUAUGUGCAUAGCAGAAUUUUUUUUUCUGUGAAUUUGGUGCUUACUAAAGUGGUCACUGUUCUCUAAAAAGAGUGCAGUGGUGUAGUAGGCAUGCAGCUUCCAUUUCAUGUAUUGUUCCACCUAUGCUUUCUUCUGAGUAGAUUGCUAAUUGUGCCAAAUUUAUGUGAUGAUCUUUGUAAUGCGGAAUAAGAACUAUGACGGAACCAGUGCAUAUGGUUUUCUCGGAAACAAGCAGUCAGGACAGAACGUUAACCUCCAAACGAAAGGGCUGACCUAUUUACUUAUUUUGGAGGUUGGGUACUUUUUUUUUUUUCUUUCUUUCUCUUAGCCUUUUCAUUUUUCCUUCCAGAUGCUGAUUAAUUUUUAUAUUUUUUAAGCAACUAUAAUAUAACCAUUGCAGUUUAUGCUUUAAAUACUGUGUGCUUUAAAAUUGAAAACGGGACCAAUUUGUCUGUUAAGAAUUUGAUUUUUAGGUACUAUGAGUAUUAGGGAAGAUGUAUACAACUGGUAUUAAUUUCUAGAUAUCUCUGGAAAUCCCGUGUCCCUAUUUAAUAAAAAGUAAUGUAGAACACUACUUGUCCUUUGCUAUAGUCUAGUAAUGGGCAUUAAGCUCUGUCCUGGAAGAAUGUACCAAUUACUUGGUACAUUUUAGAAUGAGAUAUUUUAUUGGGAUAUAAUUGUGGCCAUAUGUUUCAGAUUUUCUGAGACAGACCUAGUUUUAGAUACUCUGUUCUGUUGAUAGAUCAUGUGAUCCCACUUUCUGGCUUUGGAAAUAUAAUCAUUGAUCAUGUGUUUUCUCCCUAAUGGAAUCCUCUUUUAUCUGUAUGGAUCAUAGUAGCUUUUAUCCCAGACCAUGGUUAGAAACUGAUAUGGGUAUAACAUGUGUUUUUUUCUCAGUGUAUUUUAUUUCCCAGGUUCAUCUUCCUUUAAAAAUGAAAAUAUGGUGCCUUCCCUCCCUCCAGGAAGAUUGGCAAAUAGUUCCUUUUAUUUACUGCUGCUGUGGAGUGAUGAGACAUGCACUUUACUUUUGAAGACUCAGCAAAAAGCUUUUCACUUCUCAGUAUAUCCAGAAUAGAUCACAUUUGGGACUUAAGAAAAUUUGCCAAGCAAUCUUUGUUUUUAUAGAUAUUAAUGUUGACCCCACAGUUCAAUAAGUUAAGCUAGUGUUUAUCACACCCCCUCCCAAAAAAUCUGUGGCACAACAUAUAAAAAUGUACCUCAAUAAUGUUCUAUUAAAAAUGGGACAGGGGCCUUAUGUUUUCAUAAUUUCCCAAUAAUGUGCCACCAUAUUUUUGCCUCAAGGUAAAGGUUUUAGCAGGCUAAAAAAUACAUCCCAUUUCCCCUUGUGCUGUUCCUAACCCAUAAUGUCCAAGUGUUUGUGCAAUGUGUAGUGUGUGUGUGUAUAAAUAUAUAUGUAUAUUCACAUAUACAUAUAUAUAUAUGUAUAUCUCCUUGAAACAGACAUACCAUCAGAGACAACAUUCAGAAAUAACUAAUGUAUUGGCAUCUUUUUCUUAUCUCUGAUAUGUGAGGUAUAUGGUACUAAAUUACCUUUUCCCUGAUGUUUGCCAAAUUUGAAUAAAGGCAUUGGUACGAAAUCAUAGAAUGUAUAGAAAAUGUUUUUGGCUUGAAAAACUAACAAAUAUUUUAUGACAUACCAUAAUAUACUCUGCCCAAACCAGCACCCUGUCUUUGCUCUUCUUUACAUCCCUCUUCCCCAUCCCUACUUCCUCAUUUUUUUGGUAUAAAAAUUCUCUUGUAGCAUCAUUACAAUUGCAGUUCUAUGACAAUUGGAUAAUAACAGCAUGGAAACAGACUGGUAUUAAUAGUACAGUAGUCACCAGUGUGCCACAUUUGCAUUAGUAAAUGCAAAAUAUACAUUUUAUAAAGGACAAAUUUUGUGUUAUGUUCUUAUUUUCAUUACAUUGUAUAAUAUUGUAAGAUUAUUGUAUGUCCUAAUUUGCAUUAUAAAUGUUUUUUUCCUACGUAAAGGCAUAAAUAUAGCAACUUUGUAUAAAGGUAGCUUAUUAGAUUUUUGAUUUUGUAUUUUAUAAAAAAAUUGUCUAACAGUGGGACUACCAUUGCCAAAUUGUACAUGAAAUAUGAAUUUUACCCCUUAUGGUUAAUUUCAUUUAUAAACAUUCCAUAUUUCUCUAAUAAGACAUAAGUGAUACUGUACUAUGCAUAAAUGGUAUUUUAAUGCUGUUUCAUAUCAGCAUUUUAAAUUUUGGUUUGCAUUUUUAAUAUUGGCAAAAUUUACCACUGUUGAUUAAACCUUGUUGUAUAUGUAACAACAUCUUUUGCCCUUUUGCCCUCCCCACCCUUGUUCUCUAUUUCUCCCUGUCAGUGCCAACUUCAUACAUUUUGUAGCAUGGCAAUAAAAUAUAACUUUUACACUGAG